CUUGAGACUUGAGAGAGACAACAGGAAACAUAUAUAUAUAUAUAUAAUCCGAAUCUCAGAAAAAGUUAGAGCUUUGGAAAUGAUGAUGAAUGACCAUAAAACACCACCACCACCACCAUCUACGUUCUCGUUGCAGCUGACGGAGGAAAAGGUGGUGGAGAACAGACAGAGUGAAAACCGUGUGAGGUUUAGGUUGAACGUAGGGAUAGGGUCCAAAACAGGAGUCUGGACGAGAGGGGACGUGGUGCUGGUGACCCUCAGGCUGUUGUGCAUGGCUGUUUCGGUUACAGCCAUGUCGUUCAUGGUCACAGCCCGUCAGGUUAGCACUGCUUCCUUCUACGGGUUCCAGCUCCAGCUCCACUCUAAAUGGUCUUUCUCUUACUCCUUCGAAUAUCUUGUUGGAGUUACUGCAGCUGCUGCAGGUUACUCCUUGCUGCAAUUACUCAUUGGCAUGUCAAGGUUGGUGAGGAAGUCUCCAGUGAUUCCCUCAAGAAAUCAAGCUUGGCUUAUUUUUGCUGGGGAUCAGUUAAUUAAUAUAUUGGCUUAUGCGAUGAUGAGUGCUGGAUCAGCAGCAUCAGGGGUAACCAACCUGAAUCGAACAGGAAUCAGACACACCGCUCUGCCAAAUUUUUGUAAGUCUCUGGAUAGCUUCUGCGAUCAUGUUGCAGUUUCAAUAGCCUUCACUUUCUUCAGCUGUGUCCUGUACGCUGCUUCUGCUCUUCAGGAUGCAAUUUGGCUCUUCAGGCAUUAAAAUUCAUCAUCGUCCUAAAUGUACUAGUAUAUGAUUUAGCUAGUUUUGUUGAUGAAAUUUUGGUAGUGCUAGGUUAGCUAGUGCUGUUUGUAAACAGGAAAUAA